UUGAAAACGUUGUUGGUAAUCAAACAAUGAUGUCGGGUUCAAAGAAACAACUUGGUCUUCUUCGCUUGCACUUCAAUUUCCGCUCCCCUCUUUCAACAACUACUAUCAGCUCUCAGGAGUUUUCAACAGAGUCAUCUCUUGACAAAGAGAGAGGGACCGAUGAAGUCUUGAAGGAAUUUCUUGCCACCGUUGAAAAUGCUUCAGCAUCCCGUCUUAAAUACAAUUAUGCACAGAUUGAUAAGAUGUGCAAGACUGGAAAUCUUGCAGCUGCAAGUCAAAUGCUACAAAUUCUAAAUGAUAAGAACAUUGUUUCCCCAAAUGUGUAUAAUCUCAUAUUAGUGAAUGCAAGUGAAAAGAAUGACAUUGACCUUUCAUGUCAAGCUUUCAAGAAAUUGGUGUUGUCUUGUAAAUCCCUAAGUGCAGCCUCGUGCCUUACGUUUGCGCAGGCUUUCACAAAACUAAAUGACUGUGUGGAGCUACUUAGAUUCAUUAAAGAAGUAUCUGAGAUAAGUUCAAGCACGCCAUCUUUCAUAAACAAGAUCAUUUUCGCCUUUGCCAAAAGCGGACAAAAGGAUAAGGCCUUGGUGAUAUUUGAUCAUCUUAAAAGACACAACUACAGUCUGGACUUGAUCACAUAUAAUAUUGUUCUAGAUAUCUUGGGGCGUACGGGCCGUGUGGAUGAAAUGCUUGAAGUGUUUGCAUCCAUGAAAGAAGCUGGGUUUGUCCCAGAUACUGUUUCUUACAAUACUCUGAUAAAUGGCUUGCGGAAGGUUGGAAGAUUAGAUAUGUGCUUUGUGUAUUUUAAGGAAAUGAGAGAAAAUGGAAUUGAACCAGAUUUGCUUACAUAUACUGCAUUAAUUGAGAUUUUUGGCAGAUCAGGAAAUGUUGAGGAGUCCUUGAAGUGCUUCAAGGAGAUGAAACUGAAGGGGAUUCUUCCUUCAACACAUAUCUAUCGAUCACUGAUACAGAAUCUAAACAAAACAGGGAAGGUUGAGUUGGCAUCAGAACUUUUGGAGGAGAUGAAUUCAUCAUCAACUCGUCUAUCGGGCCCUGAAGAUUUCAAGCCGAAAAGAAGGCAGAGAAAAACUUCUAAAGUGAAUGUGAGUUUCAGCUGACUGUGAUCUUCAAGUUCAGAAGUUUACAUUAGUAUGCUAAACUCUGCCUCGUCUCUGUUGCAAUAUAAUGUUGCUCUCCAUGGUGUUUGAAAUGUAAACGUUUGAGACAUACAAUUGGAGAAUAUAGUAUUUGAUCAAACAACACUUAGAAGAAAUGGAAAUAGGAGUAUUGGAAUUCAGGUUCAAAUUAGGAUUCAUGAUGUUGUGAACUCUGUUAAUAUGCCAUAUAUCCAAAUCCAAGCACUAAUGCAAUUUAUGUUAA